AUGCAUCUCCUCUUAUUUCAGCUGCUGGUACUCCUGCCUCUAGGAAAGGCCACACGGCACCAGGAUGGCCACCAGAACCAGAGUUCUCUUUCCCCUGUACUCCUACAGGGGAAUCAAAGAGAGCUCCCUGCAGGUAACCAUGAGGAGGCUGAGGAAAAGCCAGAUCUGUUUGUUGCAGUGCCACACCUUGUAGGCACCAGCCCUGCGGGGGAAGACCAGAGGCAGAGAGAGAAGAUGCUGUCCAGAUUUGGCAGGUUCUGGAAGAAGCCUGAGAGAGACAUGCGCCCAUCCAGGGACUCAGAUAGUGAGCACCUCCCACCUGGGACCCAGUCCUUCAUCCAGCCAAUAGAUGGGAUGAAAAUGGAGAAGUCUCCUCGUGGGGAAGAAGCCAAGAAAUUCUGGCACCACUUCAUGUUCAGAAAAAGUCCGGCUUCUCAGGGGGUCAUCUUGCCCAUCAAAAGCCAUGAAAUACACUGGGAGACCUGCAGGACAGUGCCCUUCAGCCAGACUAUAACCCAUGAAGACUGUGAAAAGGUAGUUAUUCAAAACAACCUUUGCUUUGGGAAAUGUGGGUCUGCUCAUUCUCCUGGAGCUGCACAGCCCUCUCGUACCUUCUGCUCUCACUGCUUACCUGCCAAGUUCACCAUGAUGCACUUACCACUGAACUGCACUGGACUUUCCUCCGUAAUCAAGGUGGUGAUGCUGGUGGAGGAGUGCCAGUGCAAGGUGAAAACUGAGCAUGGAGAUGGGCACUUCCUACAUGCUGGCACCCAGGAUUCCUUUAUCCCAGGAGUUUCGACUUAAAGAGCUAUCCCACUAUUAUUACCUUUGAAAAGCAAAACCACAACAGCAAAGAUGCUGAUUAUUCAGUCUGAAAAUGCUAAGUGGGUAUAUAAUAUUUUCAGGAAAAGAUGGCUUGAAAAGGAGUUUUAAGAUAGCAUGAUAGAGGAAAUGUUAUUAGUCUAGUUAUUGGUACAUGUUUGGGACCUUGUCUCAUUUCUGCCACUAACUGGCCAUAGAAUGUUAAGUUGUAAAAUCUUUCUCCAACUAAAUAUUUUCGUCUAUAAAUGAGGGACUCUACCUAGAUGAUUACUAAAAUGCUUUCCACUACUAAUAUUCCGUGAUGUAUUUUCUCCAGGUUUGGGUAAAAGCCCUCUAUCUAAA